AUGUCUUCGACGCUGGACGUGUCGAUCCCACCCCAAGGGGCUGACUUUUCGCCGGCCACAACUUCGCAUUCUACCGAGGUGUCGAGUCUGAUGUCACAGAAAGACUCCAAUACAGAGACUGAAAGCAAGGAAACGAUAUCAUCUAAACCUCUCCAAAAGUCAAGUCAUCAUGACGUCUCAAAAGAGACUCUCAGCCAGCAAGACCCCGAGGAAGUGCCGUCUGGGACAGAGCAAGAAGUCGAUUCAAUUCCCGAUAAUGUCUCAAGAUCCGAUACCCCGGACAACUUCAGCGAGACUUCAGACGAUGGUCUUAUUGCCCGAGACUUCCAAGUGCUCCGCGGCUUCGGGAAUAUGAAAUUGAAGACAAUUGCGCGAGAGCUUCGAAGCCCGUCUUUGCAUCAUCUUGAUGCGUCUAGGACAUAUGAUCUUAAUAGCGCAGCAACGUACUUCGCCAACCAUUUGAAGAUGAUGAACUGGAUCUCCGAGGUAAUCAAAGACAGUAGUCGACCUGCUCUGGAACCUCCAGCCCUGGUUCCGAACCAUCCGACCGACAAUUACACGAUUUACCGCCCUUUCAAGGUUCUCCAAUGGCUUGAGCCCAAGAUCCGCAAAAGAUUGUCGGAGAUCCAGGAGCUCUAUCUAAGCUCCAAAGACAGAGACGUAGAUCUUGAACAUCAAAAAGUGUCGACUGAAGCCGAAGCUAGUGAAAAUCUCGAAACGAAGGAUGCAAAGCCACCAAUAACAAGAGAAACGAGAGACGGCAUCAUAUUCACUUCAGCGUACGACUGGAAAUCUUUAACCCAAGAUGAACUGCAAGAAGCAUCUGAUGACCUAGGCACUCUUCUGUCUUGCAUCGAUGAAUACAUGCUUCCCUUAGGAAAAGCAGUUGAGGAAUCAGGCGAUGUCCGGGUCCACUACCAAGAACUAUGGCAUGUGUUCAAACCAGGUAGUAUUGUCUACGUCAAAGAUCCAGCAGUUCCCCAGAAGCUGUGGCGUGUGGUUCAAGGCAAAGGAGGUCAAACACCACAAUACCGGCAACCUGCGACUCAAGCCGCUAAUUUACAGCUUGGAGGUGCUUUGAACGACUCGAGGCCUGUUCCUUUUGUGAUAGAAUGCUAUCACAUAGACUUCGAUGGCGUCCAGUUCAUCCGCGUCUUCAAGAACUUCAAGUUCGAGAUGCUCAGGGAUCUGACCAGUAUUCGUUCCCUUCCGAUUAUUCCCUUGAGAACCGCAGAGCGAGACGGCUUUGUUGACAUAUCUGGCUACAAGGAAAGAGGUCAAGAUUUCGUAUCCUACACAAAACCGUCCUACGGUUAUUACCGAGGUCAAAGUCUGAUAAACGAACCCGAGGGAACUAUACUACGCCGUCCUGAGAAAGGGGCGAUCACUUCUGCUGUGAUGAUUUCGGAGGCUAUUGAAAGCCCAGUGGUUGUGGAUUUCCAUCGUUGCCUACAAGAAGUUCCAAGUUGGAAGCCCGGAAGAUCGUCCAGAGGCAGUUGGGGCUUGGCCGAGGUUACUGAAGAAAAGAAAGCAUCGCCCCCAUAUUCUGCCCCUCCACCCAUUCCACCAGGAACGGACGAUGAUCGAGUGUGGGAUGCUCGAAUCGCCGAGGAAGUUCUCAAGUACACCGAUCAAUCUCAGCCCGUAGAGGUGUACGGCCGAGAGCCUCCUGAAGGAGAUGAGACCCUCCUGCUUCCCAACAGAGUUUUUGCCUUUGUUCUACGUACACGUCAGUGGGCUUGUAUCCCUCUCGGAUCUGGCUCACUUGAUACUCAGGGACACAGCCUCACUCGAAUGGGAGAAGACAAGAAGGCAUGGGAUUGCCUUCAAAUAGACGACGGUCACAGAACCAUAAUCAAGUCUCUGAUGGCAACUCAUUUUCGCAAGAAGAAGUCUGAGCGGCGUCAAUUUGAUAUCAUCCAAGACAAAGGAAAGGGUCUCAUCGUGCUAUUGCACGGAGUUCCUGGGGUGGGCAAAACUUCAACUGCUGAAACCGUCGCAGCCUACUACAACAAGCCAUUGUUGCCUAUCACUUGCGGUGACUUGGGGAUGACACCAACCGAGGUGGAAUCCAAUCUUCAGAAUGCAUUCCAGAUGGCCCAAGCCUGGGAUUGCGUUUUGCUCUUAGACGAAGCUGACGUCUUCCUGGCCGAAAGAAGCCAAGACAACAUUGAGCGAAACGCAUUAGUAUCUGUCUUCCUUCGCGUGAUGGAAUACUACGAAGGGAUUCUCUUUCUCACAACCAACAAAGUUGGUUCCUUUGACGAAGCCUUCAAGUCCCGCAUGUCCAUGGCCUUGUACUAUCCACCCCUCACCCACGAGCAAACGAAGAAGAUAUGGGAAGUGCAAAUGGGUCGUACGGAGGAACUCUCAAUCGCAGCUGCGCCAGGGGACCCGUCGCAGCACGUAACAUUCAAGCGCGAUGAGAUCAUAGCUCUUUCCACGACUCUUUGGAACUUGCAAACUCUGAGGGAUGACCACAAGCCAGUUUGGAACGGAAGACAGAUUAGAAACGCCUUCCAAACGGCCGUGGCGCUAGCCGAAUUCCAUCAGCAGGAGAAUAAUGUCCCAGGGCCCAUCGUUGUGAAGGGUGAGCAUUUUGAGAAGGUGGCAAAGGUGUCCCAUGAGUUCAACGCGUAUCUCUACUCGGUCAGGCACGAGCGCCUGGAGAACGAACUUGCCCACAAGAAAGAGCAUCGCUACGACGACUUCAACCGGAAUCAACUUGGCUUCGGUGGGCAAGGGUUUGGAGUGCCUCAGCAAGGAGGGUUCCAGCAGGGUUUCGCGAUGCCCGGAGGCUUCCAGAAUCUGCAUCAGUUAGGUGUGAUGGGAAUGGGCAUGCCGAACAUGGGAAUGGCUGGGUCUGGGUUCAAUAAUCUGCAAAAUCAGGGUAAUCCCAUGGCCUCACAGUCCCCGCAGGCCGGCUUCGGCAACAUGAAUAAUGUUGGCAUGGGGAUGGGCAACAUCAACAUGGGCAUGGGUAACGCUAGCCUCGGAAGCGCUGGUCUCGGCAACGUUGGUCUGGGGAGUGCUGGGAGCGGCGGCUCGAACGCAGCCAUGAGUGCACAACAAAGUAAUACCAACAACGUAGGUAUUCCUGGCCAAACUUUGGGGGGACAAAUGACUCCCCAACAACAGCAGCAGCUCCAAGAACUUCUUCGGCUCCAGCAACAACAGCAGCAGUAG